CAAGGCGCCGUUGGCUCAGAGCGCCCGAGGUUCUGGCUGGCCCGGGGGGGCAGUCCGCGAGCAUGUUCCGGCUCCUCGGCGACUCGCCGCCACCAGACGAGCCUGUGGACGAAGAGCUCGGAGAUGAUGCCGUUGCCCAGGGAUGACGCGGACCCGGAGGGGGCGACGCCUGCCGGCUCCGCUCCCCCGCGCCGCCGCUGCCAGGCAGCACCGAAGGGCAUGGCCUGCGCAGCGGCUGCCCUGUGCACGGCGCUGGUCACGGUCGCGCUCGUGCGCCCGCCCGCCUCUCCGGGAGCCGCGCCAGGCGCCAGGGCCACUUCGUUGUCGACGGGCGUGGGGGAUUCCGCCGUGUCUCACAACACGGGGUGCAACAAUUGGAAGCAGUCUUGGCCUCUGUCAUAUCAUGGGCAUGCAGACUACUGCGUGGAUGCGUGCCGCGCGGCUCUGGGAUGCGUCGGGGUGAACUACCAGCCCGCAUCAUGCCCCGACUUGCCGGAGGAGAUGCGAGCAGCACCAGGGGCUUGCUACCUCAUGACAGAAAUUUGCGACGAGGGGCCAAACGAGUGUUGGCAGGUUUACACGCUGCCCGAGGACGAGAGGAAAACCCUCAGCUCCAUUACGAGUGGUUCUGGCUCCGGUACCAGCUCCGGGACCAGCUCAGGGACCAGCUCCGGCACCAGCUCAGGUACCACUCUGGGACCAGCUCGGGGACCAGCUCCGGCACCAGCACUGGUAGCAGCUCUGACAGCAGCUCUGGUACCAGCUCUGGGUCCGAUGGCGCCGAUUCUGCGUCUGGUGCAACGGGCUCUCAAGAUGUCUUUGAUUCUGCUUCAGGCGACAUAAGUGUUCAAGAUGCCGCUAAUUCUGAUUCCGGUGCGACGAGUUCUCAAGAUACCAGCUCCGGGACCAGCUCAGGGACCAGCUCCGGCACCAGCUCAGGUACCAGCUCUGGCAGCAGCUCUGACAGCAGCUCAGGUACCAGCUCUGGGUCCGAUGACCCUAAUUCUGAUUCCAGCGCGACGAGUUCUCAAGAUACCAGCUCCGGGACCAGCUCAGGGACCAGCUCCGGCACCAGCUCAGGUACCAGCUCUGGUAGCAGCUCUGACAGCAGCUCAGGUACCAGCUCUGGUAGCAGCUCUGACACCAGCUCAGGUACCAGCUCUGGGUCCGAUGGCACAGAUUCUGCCGCUGGCGCGACAAGUUCUCAAGACGGCGCUGAUCCUGCUGCUGAUGGCUCUGGCGCGACGGGUUCUCAAGAUGGCGCUGAUCCUGCUUCUGGCUCUCAAGAUGGUGCUGAUGCUGAUUCUGGUGCUCAAGAUGGCUCAGAUUCUGCUUCUGGCGCGACGGGUUCCCAAGAUGGCGCUGAUCCUGCUUCUGGUUCUCAAGAUGGUGCUGAUGCUGAUUCUGGUGCUCAAGAUGGCUCAGAUUCUGCUUCUGGCACGACGGGACCUCAAGAUGGGGCUGAUCCUGCUUCUGGUUCUCAAGAUGGGGCUGGUGCUGAUUCUGGUUCUCAAGAUGGGGCUGAUGCUGAUUCUGGUGCUCAAGAUGGCUCAGGUUCUGCUUCUGGCACGACGGGACCUCAAGAUGGGGCUGAUCCUGCUUCUGGUUCUCAAGAUGGGGCUGGUGCUGAUUCUGGUUCUCAAGAUGGGGCUGAUGCUGAUUCUGGUGCUCAAGAUGGCUCAGGUUCUGGUUCUGGCACGACGGGACCUCAAGAUGGUUCCGUUGUUGCUUCUGCUCCUGAUGACCCAAACGGGUCGGCGAAUUCUUUUGACGAGGGUGAUCCUGCUGCUCCUAUCUUGGGGGAGGCCGCAGAACUGGUCGAUAUUGCUGCGCAGAAACAAGGCACAAACUUGCGGGACUUGUUCAUCUUGGAAGAGGAAGCCGAAAUAGGUGCUACCGUCAUCAGCGUAUCUGAUCCAGAGUGCUUCAGGGUCGGGGACACCAUCGAGUUCUUCCACGAGGCGGACGAUCACAACCACCAGCACACGAUUGAAUCACUCAAUCCUAUUACAGUGUUGCCAGCGAUUACGCACAAGUACGAGGUCGGAACAGGGGUCAUGAGGAUCAACUACCCACACAGCCCGACACGAUGUGGGGAGUGGCCAGAGUGAAGUUCUGACGCCCGCCCGCCGCAGGGAGCCCGAGCAACUCAGGCCGAAGCGACAUCUGCUGCACGGCUUUCAACCCGACUUGCCAUCCCGUCCCCCUCCGCGUCCUCAUCUUCCUCUCGCCCUCCCCGCGCCCACACCCAGAUUCUUCGAUGCAGCCUGAGCUCCCCCCGUCACGCUCAGGGCCGACCGCAAUGCCCCCUGUCUCCUCGUCGCCCUCUCCAGACAGCUGAGCCUUCUCGACUUAUAGUAUGCCCCUCGCGCCGCUACUUGCUGUAUUGGAGGUCAGCUUGUGACGCGUGCCUGCUUUUUGCUGACUGUCUUCUUCCGGCUCACUGCCCUGUGACUGGGUAGUCGUCGACCGCAUGCAAGCAGCAUGUCUCCGCAGUCUUGGAGGCCCGCCGCACAGGGUUCCUCCGUGUCCGUGCUCGCGGGGCGAGGCAGUCGAACUUGGUCGAGCGACCCUCGACGCUGAGCUCUGUUACAGCAGCCGUUUUUUUUUCCAACGCCGUGCGUGUUGCUUUCGAAGUAGCUAGACUCCUGUCCUCAUCCAAGCUCCACGGGGCCAACGCUGCCCUCCCUGCGGGCUGCUCUCUGCUGCUGAGCUGUGCCUUAGGGCAGGCUCUCUCGACAUGUGAACUUGUAAACGAUCUGUGCUAAAGAA